CACACACAUUACUUUCUCCUCAACUAGCAGGACCAAUUUUACCCUCAGAUUGAAUUAAAGACAUGGAGUUGAGGGAUGUCUAUGGAAGUGGAGGAGGAGGAGAUAAAUCCAACGGUAUAUAUACUUCAUCUGUGUGCAGAGCUUUAAACUCCUAGCUGAAGACAGACUGAGAAAACACAACAUCCUUUCAGCUCUAAGAGAAGCUUACUUUGGAAACAAUGGCAGGUGAGUCAUACAAUGACAGCUUUAAAAAGGAGUUUCUGGAGACUCAUAACCAGUACAGGAAGCAGCAUCAAGCCCCAGAGCUGAGGUACAGUGACGAGCUGUGCAGCGCUGCUCAGAAGUGGGCAGAUCACCUGCUGAGCAUCAGAUCACUGGCCCACAGUGACACAGAAAACGGGGAGAAUGUGUUUUAUUCCUCCAGCUCUGUCAAAAAGACACCCAAAGGGAAGGAGGCUGUAGACAGUUGGUACAGUGAGAUCAAGGAUUACAACUUCAGCUCACCAGGAUUUCAGUACAGCACAGGUCAUUUCACCCAGGUUGUGUGGAAGUCAUCCACAGAGCUCGGAGUAGGUCUGGCUACUGAUGGAAACACAGUUUUUGUCGUUGGUCAAUACAAACCUUCUGGAAAUAUAACCAAUGCUGGUUACUAUGAGAAAAAUGUUCUACCUAAAAUUGAAUAAUGAUUGAUAAAUCCUAUAAGGAGAGAAAACAAUCAUUGUCUAUUGCUAAAUUUAAACAUUUAUGAUUUAGCAGAUGCUUUUAAUUCAAAAUGACUUACAGUACAUCACCAUAACCAGUUUAAAUGUGAAGAAUAGUACUGUAUAAAACCUUGUGAUCAAAUCCUGUGUGUAAAAAAAAAGUAAUGAAUCAUUGCCUCA